AUGGAUCGCGGCGGCGGGCCGACGCGAGUGCUGCGCGCGCAGCAGCCGCUGCAGCACUCGCUGGUGCUGACGGUCAGCGUCAUCAUGACGGCGUGCCUCGCGCUCAUGUACAUGCUCGUGUCGCGCCACCUCGCCAGCAUGGACCAGAUCGCCCUCGCGCUCACUGAGAGCAUAUCGGAGCAGACGACGAAUCAGGCGGUGGAGUUGAAGGCGCUGGUGGCGGCGCUGGAGAACCACACCUACUCCGUGGCCGCCGCUGUCACGGACCACGUGGCCGUGCAGACCGUGCAGCUGCGCCAGCUGGCAGCGGAGCUGCGCAACCAUUCGCACUUUGUGAGGGAGCACGUGGGGCAGCACGUGGACCAGCAGCAGGCACAGCUGGCGGAGGUGCUGGCGGAGCUCAGGGCGCGCAUGGGCGAGGUGGCGUCCGCUGUCAUGGCGCCCCCCGCCCCCCCCCUCGCUGACAGCGCCAUCACCACCUCCAACCUCACUCUGCUCGUUGCCGCGGGGCUGCGAUCCCAGAGGCGCACGGAGCAGGCGGUGGGCAAGCUCGUCACGCAAGUGGGCCGCCUGGCUGCCAGAGAUGAGGAGGAGGGGGGGUUGGGCACGGAGACGCUGAGGGAGGUGGUGUCGGCCGUCAAGAAGCACAUGCAGCUCUCGCGCUCGCUGCAGAGCGCGGUGGAGGGGCUGGCGGAGCGCGUGGACGCACAGGCGCAGCUCAAGGGGGGCGAGGCCAGCCCGCAGGAGGAGAAGAUACUGGCGGUGCUCAAGGCGCUGGUGGCGCAUCUGCGCGCCAAGGAGAAGGCGGGGCUCACGGACGCCGUGCUGCAGGGGCAGAGGCGCAUGGAAGGGGUGGUGGGGGCGCUGGUGGGCGAGGUGCGCAACAAGACGGCAUUCCUCAGCCUGCUGCGAGCCGUGCGCGCUCAGACCGCCAUCGUCGCCAAGCUCGGCACGCGCAUCGCCAGCCUCGAGACGCGCGUGCUGCCGCCCACCUCCCUUGCCGGCGCCGCCCUCGCCACCGGCGACGCCACCGCCCUUGCUGCCUCUGCCGCUGGCGCGGGCGGGGCGGGUGGAGGAGUGGGGGCGGGCGAGGCGUCGGUGGUGGUGGCGGCGGUGACGGAGACGCAGACGGGCAUGGCGGUGGUGGUGAGGGAGGUGCAGCGGCAGAGCGAGGCGGUGGCGGAGCUGCAGGGCAUGCUGGAGGCGAGCAGAGGGGCGGACAUGCUGCAGCUGGCGCACAAGACGCACGAGGCGCUGCACGACCUCGUGCUCGCCGUCAGGCAGCAGGGCAAGCUGCUCGUCUCCAUGGAUAACCGCCUGGCUCACAUUGAGGGCCACGUGGGGGGCGAGGGUGGCGGCGGCGCGGGGCAGGCGGAUGGCGACGUGGCGCGGCUGGAGCGGGCCGUGGCGGCCGAGGCGGAGGGCGGAGGGGACGUGCUGAAGGCGGCUGAGGAGGUGAUCGGUGGCAUGGCGGGCGCACAGGCGCAGGGCGGGGAGCAACCGCAGGAGGGGCAGGGCGAACAACAAGGGGGGCAGCAGGAGGGGCAGCAGGAGGGGCAGGGGGAGCAGGGGGAGCAGCAAGAGCAGGGGCAGCAUGAAGGGGAGCAAACGAGAAAUGGAGAUCUGGCAGGUGAGGUGGUGGUGGUGGGCACACCAUUUGGGCGGUGUGGCAUAUUGAUGGCCGUGUCAAUGGCGGCGGCGGGUGGUGGAGGCGAGCGUGGUGGGCUUGGCAUGAGGCGGCCUGCUGUCAUGGACCCUCGGAGUGACUCCACCAUGUCACGAGUCCAGCCCUCUUGCAGAAUUGUCGACUGGAACUGGUGCUCAUUCGUGCGCACAACUGGUGCUCAUUCGUGCGCACAACUGGUGCUCAUUCGUGCGCACAACUGGUGCUCAUUCGUGCGCACAACUGGUGCUCAUUCGUGCGCACAACUGGUGCUCAUUCGUGCGCACAACUGGUGCUCAUUCGUGCGCACAACUGGUGCUCAUUCGUGCGCACAACCGGUGCUCAUUCGUGCGCACAACUGGUGCUCAUUCGUGCGCACAACUGGUGCUCAUUCGUGCGCACAACUGGUGCUCAUUCGUGCGCACAACUGGUGCUCAUUCGUGCGCACAACUGGUGCUCAUUCGUGCGCACAACCGGUGCUCAUUCGUGCGCACAACUGGUGCUCAUUCGUGCGCACAACUGGUGCUCAUUCGUGCGCACAACUGGUGCUCAUUCGUGCGCACAACUGGUGCUCAUUCGUGCGCACAACUGGUGCUCAUUCGUGCGCACAACUGGUGCUCAUUCACGCCAGCAAGUGGUCACAGCAUGCCUUUGCCGGCUCGCCCUCCUUCACUCGCUUCAGUGGGUACCGCAUGGGGGCGCGCAAGCUGGCAGCGGUGGGGUUUGGCCCCACCGACCUGCAGCACACUCGCUCCGUGGCCAACUGCAGCUGGCGGGCAUCUGACGCUGUGCUGCCGUGCACGGCGGGCAUCACCUACUCGCUGUCUGCCAACCCGGGGCACAACCAGGAGAUGCUCGUCACCGCGUCCUUUGACGCCGAUGUGCCCAACACCGGGGGCCACCUCACAGUUGCCAUCGACGACCACCCCUUUGUGCUGUACAGUGAGCGUCCCAACGAGCACGAGGCACUGGACCCACCCGCCUCGGACUUGCCCGUGGAGGUGCUCGUGUGCGCGCUGCCGCCCGACCCCGCCCACCCCGUUCCGCUGCACUCCCUGCACGAGUUCCUCGAGUUCUACCGCCUCUCCGGGGCGGCACGGGUUGUCCUGUAUGACAACGGGGCGUGGCAGGAGGGUGGCAUGGCGGAGCAGGUGGCGGGGCAGGUGGAGCGAGGCGAGGUGGUGGUGGUGCCGUUCCAUGGCAGUCGCGACCACGAGCUGUACCGCCAGGGCAAGGCAUUGGCGGCGCAGGACUGUGCAUGGGGGGCGGGGUACACGGCGAGGUGGGUGGUGCCGGCGGAGCUCAACGAGUUCCUCUUCACCGGCUCGCCCCCCGCCGCCCUGCCCACCUUCCUGCGCGCGCACGACGCAGCAGCGGUGGUGACGGUGGGGUCGCUGUGGUGGUCCAGCGCCAAGUGCUCGCUGGACUUUGGAGCGGGCGAGCAGGGUGGGGGCAAGUUCUGGGUGGAGCGCAUGGUGUACCGCUGGCCGUGGCCCGUGUGCCACGACACCACCGCCUUCCCCGACGCCAACCUGUGCCUCGGCGAGACCGGCUACCGCAAACCCAUCGUCGACCCCCGCAAGGUGGAGGCGCUGGGGGCGUUUGAGGCACGGGCGGGGGGAGGGGAGGGCAUGGCGGUGGAUGUGCGCACGGAGGAGGCGGUGUACAACCACGUGCAGGACCUCUUCUCCGCCCCCUCCUCCUCCUGGUGCUCCGAGCUCUUCAAUGACGACCAGGGCCCCGAGUGGUGGGUGAGAGACACCUUCCUGCGCGACUACGCCCAGUCACUCAGGGCGGGCCGCAUGUGUGACUUUGAGAAAGGCCAGUGCGAGCCGCUGUCCCAACAAUGA